GGUGAUGUUUCAAGAUGAGAGGAGACACCAGCGAAGUGAAGUGAGAGCUUGCCCCUGGCGGGCUCGAUUGGUGCUAGCGCCACCUGGGCCAACCUUAUUUCAAGGUGCUGGGGAUCCGUCAGGGCAGUGCAGCUUCAGGGCAACGUCAGCGGAGUGACAGCCAAUUCGACACCCUUCUCCCCUCCUCAAACUACCUCGACGCCUUGACUGCGCAUCAUCAUACAGACCUCCUCCGGCCACGCCAAUUUCCCCCAGGACUGGUACUCGGCCGACGACCACCUCUCGGCGUAUGACGACGACGAGCCAAGAGCUUGGAUUACUGCCGAGACGACUCCCACCAUCGCCCAAGCACACAGCCCCUUCGGCCCACGCGCGGUCAAUGGUGGUGCAAGACAAGAGAUAGCGGGCAGGCCAAGCAUCUCAUCCGUGCGGUCUGCCCUUCAACAUGGCUCAUAGACCCCCUCUCCCCCAGCAGAGGAGCGAGGACCUGCUAAACCUCGAAGACAACGAUGGCCCUAUCUACCACUCCGGCCAGUGGCCUCCCAUGUCCGAUGAAGAAAUGCGGCAUGAUUAUGAUGAUUCGGGCGAGAAGAUGCCUCAGUCGAGAAUAAGCACAUCGCAUGACCACUUUGUGGGAAGCGCACACUCUACAGACGCCUUGCCUGGCGGCCCCAGCUACCAUACUGCCCUGCGCCCGCCCUUUGCAGAGACCAGCAGGGCCUAUUCUCAGACGAGUGGACUCGGCAACUAUCAGCGAUACUCCGACGCGGACCACGACAACGAUGCCUCUUCCGACGCCGGCGCAUACUACGCGGCAGGAGGUGGCAUAGACGAGGACAGCGUCCGCGACCUUCCCCUGCACAGCGGCAGAGGCCAACAUCGGAGUCGAAACAGCAUUCUCAGUAUGGGCGGUGGCAUUGCAGGUCGCGUCAAGAACGCCCUUGGCAUGGGUCCAGACUAUAGCGAGAUGGACCUUCCCCUGACCGAGCAGCGCCUCCAGCGUGCUGAAAGCGGACCGAGCAUUCCCGAGCACAAACCACGCACGACCCCCGGCUCAAGCUUCAAGUUCGGCCUUCCCAGCUUUCUCGGUGGUGGCAGAGUCGAUCCCUCCACCCUGGGCCCUCGAAUCAUCCAUCUCAACAACCCGCCCGCGAACGCGCAAAACAAAUACGUCGACAAUCACGUCAGUACUGCAAAGUACAACGUGGCCACAUUUCUGCCCAAGUUCGUCUACGAACAGUUCAGCAAAUACGCCAACGUCUUCUUCCUCUUCACCGCCAUCCUCCAACAAAUCCCCAACAUCAGCCCGACGAACAGAUACACCACCAUCGUACCGCUAGGCAUAGUCCUGGCCGUAUCGGCAGGAAAGGAGAUUAUCGAAGAUGGGCGGAGAAAGACACAAGACAAACAGUUGAACAGAAGCCCUGCACAGGUGCUGAGGGGCACGCGAUUCGAGACGGUGCAAUGGAUCGAUGUGAAGGUUGGUGAUGUGUUGAGGGUGGAGAGCGAGGAACCCUUCCCUGCCGAUCUGGUCUUGUUGGCGAGUUCGGAGCCCGAAGGCUUGUGCUACAUCGAGACGGCCAAUUUGGAUGGCGAGACGAAUCUCAAGAUCAAGCAAGCAAUUCCCGAAACCAGCACGAUCGUUUCCGCCGCCGAGGUCGCACGCCUCGGUGGCAGGAUCCGCAGCGAACAGCCCAACAGCAGUCUCUACACAUACGAAGCGACACUGACGAUGCAAUCUGGCGGUGGAGAGAAGGAACUUCCUCUCGUACCAGACCAGUUACUUCUUCGAGGCGCCACGUUGCGCAACACCCCCUGGAUCCAUGGCGUCGUCGUCUUCACGGGCCACGAAACCAAGCUCAUGCGCAAUGCCACCGCCACCCCAAUCAAACGCACCGGAGUGGAGAAACGAGUCAACACCCAGAUCCUCAUGCUGGGCGCCAUCCUCAUCAUCCUCUCCAUCAUCUCAACCAUCGGAGACUUGAUCAUCCGAGCGACGAUCGGCCCCAACCUGUGGUACCUCGACUAUCAAUCCGUGAACUACGCAAAGCAAUUCUUCUCCGAUCUCUUCACCUACUGGAUCCUCUACUCCAACCUGGUGCCCAUUUCUCUCUUCGUCACCGUCGAAAUCAUCAAAUACUACCAAGCCUUCCUCAUAUCCAGCGAUCUCGACAUAUACUACGCCGAAACCGACACACCCGCGAAUUGCAGGACGAGCAGUCUGGUGGAGGAGCUCGGCCAGGUGGAAUACAUCUUUUCGGACAAGACAGGCACGCUAACGAGGAACAUGAUGGAAUUCCGACAGGCGAGCAUCGGAGGCGUGCAAUACGCUGAUGACGUACCCGAGGAUCGGAGAGUGCUGAGAGAAGAGGAUGCGAUCCUCAACUCCUCGAUCUUCGAUUUCAAAGGCAUGGACGAGCACCGGAAGACUGACCGGAUGGACAAUGCGGAAAGGAUUGACCUGUUUUGUCAAUUGCUGGCCACCUGCCACACAGUCAUCCCCGAGACGAAUGCAGAGAAACCGGGCGAGAUCAAAUACCAGGCUGCAUCUCCGGACGAGGGCGCACUUGUCGAUGGUGCGGUGCAGCUGGGGUACAAGUUUGUGGCGAGAAAGCCGAAAGCCGUGCGGAUCGUGUAUGAUGGGCAAGAGUGGGAGUACGAGCUGCUCGCGGUGUGUGAGUUCAACUCGACGAGGAAGAGGAUGAGCUGUCUGUACCGCUGCCCUGAUGGAAGGAUUCGGUGCUUUUGUAAGGGUGCGGACACUGUCAUUCUGGAGCGACUCGCGUUCAGAGACGAGAUUGUGGAAAGAACGUUGCUGCAUCUGGAAGAGUACGCGUCAGAGGGAUUGAGGACGUUGUGCCUUGCUUCUCGCGAGGUUGAGGAGAACGAGUUCCGAGAGUGGUGGGACGUUUACAACACUGCGGCCACGACGGUCUCUGGCAACCGAGCAGAGGAGCUCGACAAAGCAGCCGAACUCAUCGAAAGGGACUUUACACUCCUCGGUGCCACCGCGAUUGAGGACAAAUUGCAAGAAGGCGUGCCCGAAACCAUCCACACGUUGCAAACGGCGGGGAUCAAGGUUUGGGUGCUGACUGGUGACCGACAAGAAACCGCCAUCAAUAUCGGCAUGAGUUGUAAGCUGAUCUCGGAAGACAUGACACUCCUGGUUGUGAAUGAAGAGGACAAAGAAGCGACAAGGCAGAACAUUCAGAAGAAGCUGGACGCCAUUCAUUCUCAGAACGUCGGCAAUGCCGAGAUGGAAACGCUCGCGCUCGUGAUUGAUGGCAAGAGUCUGACAUUUGCCCUGGAGAAGGACCUGGAGAAGAUGUUUCUGGACCUUGCCGUCAUGUGCAAGGCAGUGAUCUGCUGCCGCGUGUCGCCUUUGCAGAAGGCACUCGUUGUCAAGCUGGUCAAGCGGCAUCUCAAAGCGAUCCUCCUCGCAAUUGGCGAUGGUGCAAACGACGUCUCCAUGAUCCAGGCUGCGCACAUUGGCGUUGGUAUCUCCGGGGUUGAAGGUCUACAAGCCGCCCGAAGCGCCGACGUCAGUAUCGGACAGUUUCGCUACCUGCGGAAACUCCUGCUCGUGCACGGCGCUUGGUCUUAUCAGCGAAUCUCGAAGGUCAUUCUCUACUUCUACUAUAAAAACACCGCCAUGUUCAUCACGCAAUUCUGGUAUUCCUUCCAGAACGCCUUUUCCGGCGAGGUCAUCUUCGAAUCCUGGACGCUGUCCUUCUUCAACGUCAUCUUCACCGUCAUGCCGCCGUUUGUGCUGGGCAUCUUCGAUCAAUUCGUCAACGCCAGGCUGCUGGAUCGAUAUCCACAGCUGUACCAGCUGAGCCAGAAAGGAGUGUUCUUCCGGCAGCACAACUUCUGGAGCUGGGUGGCCAAUGGCUUCUACCACUCCCUCAUCCUGUACGGCGUCAGCGAACUCUUGUGGUGGAAGGAUGGCAUCAGGCCAAAUGGCACCACCGCCGGCCAUUGGGUCUGGGGAACGGCGCUCUACACCGCCGGCCUGAUCACCGUCCUCGGCAAAGCAGCGCUCAUCACCAACAUCUGGACCAAGUAUACCGUCAUCGCCAUCCCCGGCUCUCUGCUCGUCUGGGCCAUCUUCCUGCCCGUCUACGCCACCGUCGCGCCGAUGCUGAACUUCAGUGUCGAGUACAAGAAUAUCCUGGGCCCGUUGGUGACGGAUCCGACGUUCUGGCUUAUGGCGUUGGUGUUGCCCAUGCUGUGUUUGCUGCGGGACUUUGCCUGGAAGUAUGCGAAGCGGAUGUACUAUCCCCAGACGUACCAUCACGUUCAGGAAAUCCAAAAGUUCAAUCUGCAAGACUACAGGCCACGGAUGGAGCAGUUCCAAAAGGCGAUUCGGAAAGUGAGGCAGGUGCAAAGGAUGCGCAAGCAGCGCGGAUUCGCCUUCUCGCAAGCCGACGAGUCACAGUCUCGUGUCCUGAACGCGUACGAUACCACGAAAGAAAGAGGAAGAUAUGGCGAAAUGGCGAGCGGGAGGUAAGGUUUGGCGGCGCGCCUUGGAAAGUGCGUUAUGAUAUGUAUGUAUAGUGAGGCUCCGACAGUCCCAAGUCUAAGGCAUGUAUGCAUUGGGUACGAUC